UCGAAGUGGCUCGCUGCCUGCCUGCUGCUUGGACUUCGUUUGAUUCGAUCGGUGAAUUUCAGUUACUCAAUGUCCGUGCUCCGUGAAUGACACGAAACAACAGUAGUGCUAGUGGAAGCUUUUCUAGCUUUAGUGCGCUCGCUCUCCGUGGAAGUAGUUAGUUUGUAGCGACUAGAUAGUACCUCAGAUAGAUAGUUUUUCCUUCGAGUGGAUCGAUCUGAUAGUUGAUAGAAUUUCCACCACCGUGAAUAGCUUAUUAGAGGGAUUUCCCGGUGAUUCCAAGAAAUGUACUUCUACUGCACAAGCUGUUUUACGAUGUAAAUUUGCACAGCUGUCGACGGUAAAUCUGCGUUCCACAUACAAUUAAUCGAUGCUCGACUGCGUCAAGUGUGGCCAAGUGUGGAAAUGUGUUGAGAAAACUUGUUUUCCUCUCUACGUUUUAUCUAAGCGGAAAGUUAGCCAAUAGCGAAAGCUCAAUUCGGAGGACAUCGCUGUUUGAAAGAAUUUACGGUGGUGACCAUCAUGUAGGAGUUGAUGGCAGCCUAGGCUCAAAUUAUCGUCUUCGAUUACGAUAUACCUACAGUCGAAAGUGUCAUGUGCAGCUAAACUACUGUUCGGGAAAGAGAAUAAACAAACAAGUGUCGAGCCUCUCGAAUCGACAUCGUGUUAUGUGCAGUGCAAUGUCAUUCCGCUAGUCUACGUUCGAUUCAGCCAGCAACCAGUAAUAGUGGAAGCCCCUUUGAAAGUGAAUGCCGAGUGUCUGGCGACGCAUAAGUGGAAUAAAAAAUAAAUAAGAAUCGACUUUCGAGAAAAGAAAAAAAAACAAAAUUGUUAAAUCUUUGCAUCACCCGUCGGUUGUCGGUUGGAGCGUGAGCAUACGCUUAUUUACUAUCCAUUGGCUACCAGUUCGUGGCUCGAAAACCCAACCAGCGGCAGGGUGGCAAAUCGAAGCCGAGGAAUCGGUCAGCGGACGGCGCGCGCCCGGUGUUAAACAAGCACGCUGAAACAUGGUGCAAUGGACGCUAGUUUGGGCCGGUAUCGGACUCCUAACGGCCGUUUGCGGCGCUCUGCUUGGAUUGGUCGUUUUCCCAGGCGCGGUGCAUGACAAAAUCAUUGAGAACACGGAACUACGCCAGGGAACACCACAAUUUAAACGCUGGGAAGCACUACCUCAACCACUAGAUUUUAAGGUGUACAUUUUCAAUGUCACGAACCCGUACGAGGUGCAGAUGGGACGACGCCCACGGGUCGUCGAAAUCGGUCCAUACGUCUAUUUUCAAUACCGCCAAAAGGACAACAUUCGGUUCAGCAGAGACCGAUCAAAAGUGCACUUUUCGCAGCAGCAAAUGUAUGUGUUCGAUGCCGAAUCAUCUUAUCCGCUUACGGAACACGAUCAACUCACGGUGCUUAAUAUGCAUAUGAAUAGUAUAUUACAAAUAAUCGAUACCCAAGCAAAGGAAACAAUCACGAACUUUCGGUCUGAUGUUAACAAUACUCUCGAAAAAAUCCCAGUAGUUAGAGUUAUCAAACGAAUAAUUGAGCGAACGACACCGAUCCAAUCCAUUCUACAAAUUGCCGAAGAUGAAACCUAUGAUAGCUUGCGGUUGAUCAACGUCGAACUGAAUCGGAUAUUCGGCCGGCCGGAUACGAUGUUCCUCAGGACAACACCGAAGGAGUUCCUCUUCGAUGGGGUGCCAUUUUGCGUCAACGUGAUCGGUAUUGCUAAGGCGAUCUGCAAGGAGAUCGAGAAGCGCAACACCAAAACCAUCCGCGUGAUGCCGGACGGGUCGAUGAAGUUUUCGUUUUUCAACCAUAAAAAUAUGACCGACGAUGGUGUCUAUACGGUUAACACCGGAAUCAAGGAUCCACUGCAGACCCACAUGAUCGACUCCUGGAAUGGGCGCAGCACGCUGGAUCGGUGGAGCAAUCGAUCGCAGGGAUCCUCGGCAACGUGCAACAAGAUUCAGGGAACGGACGGGUCCGGUUAUCCACCGUUUCGAGCUGGUGUGCAGAAAAUGACCAUCUUCAGUUCGGACAUUUGCCGAACUGUGGAUAUCAAGUACGUGGAACCGUCAAGUUACGAAGGAAUACCAUCCUUACGGUACAUAACGGAUACCAACUUCCUGAACGAAAUUGGUCCGGAGUAUGGUAACGAUUGCUACUGCGUCAAUCGAAUACCGAAGGCGCUGGUUAAGAGCAAUGGAUGCUUGUUUAAGGGCGCGCUGGAUCUAUCCACCUGUUUCGAUGCCCCCGUGGUGCUGACACUUCCCCACAUGAUGGGUGCCGAUGAGCAGUACAGCAGUUUGAUCGAAGGAUUCCACCCCGAUCCGGAAAAGCAUCAAAUCUUUGUCGAUGUCGAACCGUUAACCGGCACCCCACUGAACGGUGGCAAACGUGUUCAAUUCAACAUGUUCCUGCGGAGAAUCGACUCGAUCCGGCUAACGGAUCGUCUGCAAACCACCCUCUUUCCGGUGCUGUGGAUCGAGGAGGGAAUCUCCCUGAACGAGGACAUGGUCAAACUGAUCGACGACAGUUUGAUGAAGAUUCUCACCCUACUCGACAUCAUUCAGUGGAGCAUGAUCGGCGCUGGGCUGCUGCUGGCGAUCGUGAUGCCGAUCGUUUACUUUGCCAAGCGAAAACCACGGUCCACGUCGGGCACGGUAACGCCGAGCAUGACGACGACCACCAGUGCCGCCAGCAUUCCGGAUAACAAAUGACCCCCGCUGGUGAUGACCUAUCUGGACUGACGAUAGGAUAGGAUAGGAUAGGAUAGGAUGAUGACGACUGAUCGAACGUGUGCGUUGCGAGUGUGAGUGAGCGAUUCAAGUGCCAAUGCUGACCGCUACCGGAGAGAUGCGCGGCGCUACUACUGUUAGGUCCACUUUUGUGCAUUUUAGUGCAAACUAAGUCAAACUGUUUCCGUCCAAAAUGAGUUGAGCUCUUGUUUUAAGCUGUUUGUUUUUCUUCGAGACAGUAGAAUAGCUUACGUUAUGUGAUGAGUAAAUUGUGUUUUAAUAAUAAUAAGUAGGCGGUGCGCAUUUCACCUGAUAUGAAGCAG